GCAACGGAACCCUGCCUGCUUGCUUUCUCGCCAUUUUAGUCAUCGGCGAGUCUAGCCGUUGAGCAGUUAGUUGCUCGGAGGCAACGUGACAAAAAAAAAUCCCCGUAAAAACGAUGCCGAUGACCCAGUAGUUUUAAAGAGAAUACCCACCUCGCUCUUAUUUUGGCGUUAGUCGCGCUGGUCGAUAACUUUUUUGACGCAGACAGUCUUCAGCCAUGUCGACGGAGGGAACAGCCGAGCAGACAGCAGCUGAGUAUAUUCCCGAGAAGGUGAAGAAAGCAGAGAAGAAGUUGGAAGAAAACCCAUAUGACCUUGACGCAUGGAGCAUUCUGAUUCGAGAAGCACAGAAUCAACCCAUAGAUAAAGCAAGGAAGACCCAUGAGCGACUUGUCUCGCAGUUCCCGAGCUCUGGCAGAUUCUGGAAACUGUUCAUUGAAGCUGAGAUAAAGGCUAAAAACUAUGACAAGGUAGAAAAGUUGUUUCAGAGAUGCCUUAUGAAAGUGUUGCACAUCGACCUAUGGAAAUGCUACCUUGCAUAUGUUCGAGAGACCAAAGGGAAGCUUCCCAGCUACAAAGAGAAGAUGGCCCAGGCGUACGACUUCGCCCUGGAUAAGAUUGGCAUGGAGAUCAUGUCUUACCAGAUUUGGGUGGACUACAUAAAUUUCCUGAAAGGAGUUGAGGCCGUGGGCUCGUACGCAGAGAAUCAGAGAAUCACGGCAGUUCGGAGAGUCUACCAAAGAGGUUGCGUGAACCCAAUGAUUAACAUUGAACAGCUCUGGAGAGAUUAUAGCAAAUAUGAGGAGGGAAUUAAUGUGCAUUUGGCCAAAAAGAUGAUUGAGGAUCGGAGCAGGGAUUACACGAACGCAAGGAGAGUGGGGAAGGAGUAUGAGACGGUGAUGAAAGGGCUGGACAGAAACGCCCCUUCAGUCCCACCACAGAACUCCCCCCAGGAGGCCCAGCAAGUGGAAAUGUGGAAAAAGUACAUUCAGUGGGAAAAAAGCAACCCGCUGCGUACAGAAGACCAGACGCUGAUCACUAAGAGAGUUAUGUUUGCCUACGAGCAGUGCCUGCUGGUACUGGGCCACCAUCCGGACAUUUGGUACGAGGCAGCGCAGUACCUGGAGCAGUCGAGCAAGCUGCUGGCAGAGAAAGGGGACAUGAAUAAUUCAAAGCUGUUCAGCGACGAGGCAGCCAACAUCUACGAGCGAGCCAUCGGGACCCUCCUCAAGAAGAACAUGCUCCUCUACUUUGCGUUUGCCGAUUACGAGGAAAGUCGCAUGAAGUACGAGAAAGUGCACAGCAUCUACAACAAGCUGCUCGCCAUCGAGGACAUCGACCCCACCCUGGUCUACAUCCAGUACAUGAAGUUCGCCAGGAGGGCGGAGGGCAUCAAGUCGGGCCGCACCAUCUUCAAGAAGGCCCGAGAGGACCUGCGCACGCGGCACCACGUGUACGUGUCCGCGGCGCUGAUGGAGUACUACUGCAGCAAAGAUAAAUCAGUGGCCUUCAAGAUAUUCGAGCUGGGUUUGAAGAAAUAUGGAGACAUUCCAGAGUACAUACUUGCCUACAUCGAUUACCUCUCCCACCUUAAUGAGGACAACAACACCAGGGUUUUGUUCGAACGGGUCCUCACCUCCGGGAGCCUGUCCCCAGAAAAAUCCGGCGAGAUCUGGGCUCGGUUCCUGGCGUUCGAGAGCAACAUCGGCGACCUGGCCAGUAUUCUGAAAGUAGAGCGCCGGCGUUUCACCGCCUUCAAAGACGAGUACGAGGGCAAAGAAACCGCGCUGCUCGUAGAUCGAUACAAGUUCAUGGACCUCUAUCCCUGCUCCUCCAGUGAGCUCAAAGCUCUCGGUUACAAGGACGUGUCUCGUGCCAAACUGGCAGCUCUGCUCCCCGAGGCCGUGACGGCCCCCUCUGUGCCUACACUAAAGGAUGAUCCUGAUCGUAAACCCGAGUAUCCCAAACCAGACACCAAUCAGAUGAUCCCGUAUCAGCCGCGUCACCUCGCCCCACCGGGUCUGCACCCGGUCCCUGGUGGAGUUUUCCCAGUCCCUCCAGCUGCCGUCGUCCUGAUGAAGCUGCUCCCCCCGCCUACGUGCUUCACGGGUCCUUUCGUUCAAGUGGAUGAGCUCAUGGAAACUUUCAGGAGAUGCACGCUUCCUGAGAGUGUCGACGCUGCUGUGGAGCUCAUCACGGGCAGACAGCCGGAGGCAGCGGGGGAGGGCAACGGCUCCAUGGAGAACCACGCUACCGGCAAGUCCCUCAAGAGGCCCAACGCGGACUCCGACGAGGAGGACGACAAGGGGGCCGUGGCCCCCCCCAUUCACGACAUCUACCGCGCGCGGCAGCAGAAGAGGAUUCGAUAAUCUGAAGCGUUUGCAGGAAUCUUAACAGACUGUCAUGUAGUAUAAAUACGCUGUUCCACAGGGCUGUUUUUUUUUUUUUUUUUAACAUCUCUACAAACAACAGCCAUAAACGCACUCACACAGACAUGUUAGCACACGUAAGCGGUUUUUUUUUUGUGUGUGUUUCUUUUUGUUCCGUCGACAGUUUUUUAUUUUUAAAGACUGUUAAUUAUACUGUACAAAAUUUUUAAUUCAGCUGUGGACUUUGGGAUGCGCUUCAGUUCCGGUUUUACGUUUCAGGUGAUCCAAGGAUGGCAAGGUGGAAACGUUUUUUUCUUCUUUUUUUUUUUUUGUUUUUUAAAAAAUAUCCUGAGGAAACAGUUCCUUUCAAUAAAAUUGGAAAAUAAUUUGAAAUAUC